CUCAACUAGGACGAUAAAUGGGCGGGGCUUUGAGAACCGAACCCAGACUAGCCCGGCCCGUCCUCAAGGCCCGACCCGUUUGAUCCGACAGCACAUUCGUUGUGCUUUCCUCCGAAGAACGGUACACAGAACUGAGCAUUUCGCCGUUUGCAGGGGCCGCAAAAGCAAUCAAGCACUGAACUUGCAGACCAAGAACGAAGAACCCAUCACAGACAAUGGGUUCAGGCGACGACCAGAAGCUCCCAGACGAGGAAUCUCCAUCUCCAUCUCCAUCUUCUGCUCCUCCUUCGUUCCGUGAUUACUGGAGAGAGCGGAUACUAUACCCUACUCUACUCGGAGGGGUUGCUGGAGGAGGAAUUGGAUUAGUGUCUAAGCACAGGAGAACUCAUGGCUUGGCUAAUAUUUCUGCAACUUAUGCUACUAAUAUUGCUAUCGUCGCGGGCUGUUAUUGCGGAGCUCGGGAAUUUGUCAGAGUAAGUCGAAGAGCAGAUCCUGAGGAUCUUCUGAACUCUGUAAUUGCAGGAUUCAGCACUGGUGCACUACUCGGGCGCCUUCAAGGUGGUCAAUCUGGAGCUAUUAGGUACUCUGUCAUAUUCGCUGUUGCCGGCACAACAUUUGAUUAUGCGACAAUGAAGCUAAAACCCAUGUUGGAGGGCUUCGGCGAGUCUGUCUUCGGGCAAGACGAGAAUGGACAGAGUCAGUUCAAGCUGCCUGAAUGGUCUCCUAUACAAGUGCUUGAUGAGGAUGCACUUGCUGCCAAGAAAGCUCGGGAAGAGAAGCUUUACUCACAGAGAGUACUCGGUAAGAUGAGCAAAGAAGAAUCUUGAAGAAGAAUUUUUCAGUCUUUCAUUGUUCACUGUAUACAUUAGGAACAAGGCAAGCAUGUGGCAUCCCCUUCAAAUUUUGUAAGUUGAUGAUGGGCUUAUUAGUAGCUAAUUUUAAGCAGUUUCUCCCAAUAGAACUGAAUAAUAAUCAGGAGGGAAUUGUAUCAGAAAUUUCUGGCAUAGAUAAAUAUGUUCUGAAUCAGAAUGAUCCAUUUUCCAGUGGACAAUUAAACCA